CGGGCCUGUCCUUCCGCGAGGGCGGCAGUGACGCGGGCAUGGCUUCUCCUUCGCGGCUGCUGGCGAGCCGGGCUCUGCGGGGCCUCUCCCUGCUGGGGGGAGAGAAGGCGCCGGGCAGGUUCUUUAAUACUGAAAAUCAUGACACUGUACGCUUGGAAACCUCUUCUGCUAAAACUUUAAUGGACAUAGGAACUCGGAGAAUCUUCUCUUCAGACCACGAUAUCUUCCGGCAAAGUGUUAGAAAAUUCUUCCAGGAGGCUGUCGUUCCGUAUCACGCAGAAUGGGAGAAGGCUGGGCAGGUAAGCAGAGAACUCUGGGAGAAAGCUGGCCAGCAAGGGUUGCUGGGAGUCAACAUAUCGGAAGAAUGUGGCGGCAUUGGAGGAGACAUCCUCUCCGCAGCAAUCACCUGGGAAGAGCAAAUGUACGUGAACUGCACAGGCCCUGGAUUCAGCCUGCAUUCUGACAUCGUCAUGCCCUACAUUGCAAACUACGGUUCCAAAGAGCAGAUUGAAAGAUUCAUUCCAGAAAUGGCGGCAGGGAAAUGUAUUGGCGCAAUAGCAAUGACUGAACCUGGGGCUGGAAGUGAUUUGCAAGGUGUGCGAACAUUUGCAAAGAAGGAUGGGAGCGACUGGAUUCUAAAUGGCAGUAAGGUAUUCAUCACCAAUGGGUGGUUGAGCGACUUGGUGAUAGUCGUGGCCAUGACAAACCGCGAGGCCCGGUCCCCGGCUCACGGCAUCAGCCUUUUUCUAGUGGAAAAUGGAAUGAAAGGGUUUGUCAAAGGGCGUAAGCUGGAGAAAAUAGGGCUUAAGGCACAGGACACGGCAGAGCUCUUCUUCGAAGAUGUCCGCCUGCCCGCCAGUGCCUUGCUUGGGCAAGAGAACAAAGGAUUCUAUUAUCUCAUGGCUGAGCUUCCGCAGGAAAGGCUGUUGAUAGCUGACAUGGCAAUUGCCAGUUGCGAAUUCAUGUUCGAAGAGACAAGAAACUACGUUAAACAAAGGAAAGCUUUCGGAAAAACAAUUGCCCAUUUGCAGACAGUACAGCACAAGCUUGCAGAACUGAAAACACAGAUUUGUGUAGGCCGGGCUUUUUUGGAUAGCUGCCUCCAACUUCACUCGGCAAAACACCUGGACUCUGCCACUGCUUCGAUGGCCAAAUACUGGGCUUCUGAUCUCCAAAACAGUGUGGCUACUCAAUGUGUGCAGCUCCACGGAGGAUGGGGGUAUAUGUGGGAAUAUCCAAUUGCCAAAUCUUUUGUAGAUUCUCGUGUUCAGCCAAUCUAUGGUGGUACCAAUGAAAUCAUGAAAGAGCUUAUAGCUAGAGAGAUUGUAAGUGAUAAGUAGCUGUGUGAUUGUCAUGAUGCCUGAAUCUCACAACUGUUGACAAGGAAACACGAUACAUGAAAAUGAAUCUGGAGGAAGACACUCUGUCCAGCUGAAGAAGAAAAAACACAAUGGUUAAAAUUACUUUUAAAAAACCCGGAGACAGGCAACCUUAAUUUCUUGUGUUGAUUGGAAAUGCUAUCAUUCUACAGAGCUGUGAUUCCAUAUGGGUUCAGAAAAGCAAAAAAACUAUGUGAUUGUAUUCAUAACAAACUCUCACAAAAAAACUACGUGAUGGUAUUAAUAACAUUCUGUAACUUCUG